CUAUACAAGACUGCAAGUUGGUUGCUCCCACUUGCAUGUCCGGCGUAAUCCCUGUGUUUCUUCCUCUUUAAACUUUUCCACCAUUACAACUUGCAUCCAUGCCUCCAUUCCUCACGCUAUCUCUAUAUAUCUAUCUCUAUAUCUCUAUAUCGACAUCUAACCUCACGGAAACAAAAAUAUGCCUUCUUCUUCCAUUCAAAUUCAAAGAAUCCAAACCAACGUCACCAACCCCACCGUCACCGCCACCGCCACGGCCACCAUAAACCACCAUAAACAAACCUCUACAACCACCAUAUGGAGAGUACCGUCUUCUAUCUGGAUCCCCGAAGAUCUUAUUCAUCAUCAUACCCACGCGGUUGGUCCUCACCAGUGCUCCUCCGCCGUUGUCAAAUCUAUCUCUGCCCCCGUCGCUGCCGUCUGGUCCGUCGUCCGCCGCUUUGACAACCCCCAAGCGUAUAAACACUUCCUCAAGAGCUGCAACGUGAUUCUCGGUGAUGGUGAUGUGGGUACUCUCAGAGAAGUCCAGGUGGUGUCAGGAUUGCCGGCUGGAUCCAGCACCGAGCGGCUUGAGAUCCUAGACGACGAUCGCCACGUCAUGAGCUUCAGCGUUGUCGGUGGUGACCAUCGUCUUAACAACUACCGAUCUGUCACCACUCUCCACGCGUCACCAAACUGCGACAAAACAACCGUCGUCGUGGAGUCGUACGUCGUCGAUAUACCACCGGAAAACACCAAGGAAGAGACGUGUGUUUUCGUUGAUACAAUCGUUCGAUGUAACCUGAUUUCAUUGAAGCAGAUCGCUGAAAAUGUGUCCAAGAACUAACAGUAAAUUAAAUGAAGUACUUCAACCCGACCCUGUGCAUUAAUCUGUUCGAAUGAUCUUUAUUUUCUUCUUCUUUUUUUCAUGGGUUUGAUUCAUCAAUCUAUGAUAUGGGCAGAUAUCAAAUUUUCCAAUUUAUCUAAUUUUUUUUUUUAGGAUUUUCAGUUUUGGUUGUUCAUGUGAAUUUUGACUAGUGUUUCUUCGUGAUUUCACCAUCACAUUUAGAAAAAAGAAUUUAGAAGGUUGCAUGACGCAUUUAUUAUAUUGUGAUCACAUAUAUUAAUGUUUUCUCAUUUUACA